AUGUCUGAAGUAAAGCCUGUCAAGUUGUCCAAAAAGGAGCAAAAAUCCAAGCAGUUUCGUAAAAGUAAAGAGGAAAGGGAAGCUGCCAAACUCGAGAAACAAGAGUCCAAAAAGAGGAAACUAGAGCAGCAAGAAGAAAAAGCAGAGGAAAAAGCCUCCUCUGGGUUAAAUGAUACAGUGAAUACAAAGAAAGAAGGAAAAGAAGAAAAAGAGAUAGGAGGAAAUUCAUCAAAAGAUAAGCUGUUAGAUGCUGUUUCAGAGGGCGACGAGCCAGUAAAGAAAAAACGCAAAACCAGACGAGGCAAAAAAGGAAGAGGUACUAUUGUUAAUGAAGAUGAGACAGUGACAAAAAAGGCACCCAGGUUUAUAUUAUUUGUUGGUAAUCUUCCCUUUGACAUACAGCAAGCUGAACUUAUAGCUCAUUUCUCGAAAUGUUCACCUGAUAGGAUUAGGAUACGAUCUGAUAAAGGAAUAGCAUUUCUUGAGUUUGACAGUGAUACAAAGGAUAUUCAGAGUAAGAUGGAGUUGGCAUUGAAGUUGCACCACACGGAAAUUCGACAGCGAAGAAUUAACGUUGAAUUGACCGUUGGUGGUGGUGGUAAUUCGGAGACCAGAAAAGAAAAGUUGAAACAAAAGAAUGAAAAGGCACACGAAUUAAGACAAUUGAGAAGGGCCGAGGAAGAGAAGAAGAAAAAAGAGAAGAGCAAAGUUAGUGAGAAGGAUUUGGGUGGUAUCCAUCCUUCAAGAGCACAAUUGAUGAAGUAG